CGAAGAGUUGAUCGAAGGAAGAGGUUUGCCGAAUUCCGUAUUUGAUCAUGUAAGAAAAAAGGAAGAAAUUUGAAAGAACUCUAAAGCAGGGAUUAUUUCUUUUUCUUAUCUGUUCGUUUUUUGCUGAAAGGGAUUUUUCGAAUUGUUCCAUGCACUGGUUAUGUUCGUUUGCUCACAUAACUUUGUUGUAAAGUUGAGUUGAGAAGAGUUUUGUGAACUUCCGUGACUAUGUUUAUUAUCGUUUUCUAGCGUGUGCUUGAUGGAAAAAGUUGUGCGCCUUCUGCAGAAGUUUUUGCCUAAAAAGACGACAAAUCGUCUAUAAAAAGUUUUAGGUUCUAUCCCGGCCAUGCUCGUACGUUUCACUACAUUAUUCAUCAACACCAUCUUCAGUACCAUAAUAUUCAUCAGCACUGCCAACGCUGACGUUUCCCAGCAGAUCCCUCUAGUACCAUUAGCAACAUGUCUUUCCUCUUGCGAUUCCAUGAUCUGAUUGGCGGCAUCCAUGUCCCCAUCGAUGACGGCAUCGACAAGCUCAACCGCAAGUACACCCUCCUAAUCUUCCUCUUUUUGGCGCUGCCAAUAUUCACUAAGCAAUAUAUUGGCGACCCAAUAGAAUGUUUUACUCCGACCUAUUUCACCGAAAGCCAAUCCCGUUAUGUAAAUAGUUUCUGCUGGACUACUUCAACCUACUACCUAGUCACAGAUGGAACUGUAGACGAUAUAGGAGAACCGGCCGAAAACACCCUCGAUCCAAAGACAUUGUCAGACGAGAUAGACUACAGUGCUGCUGCAGGGGAGGAAGGUGCCAUCACUGCCGACAAACUCAGAAGAGUCAGGGUCACCUACUACCAAUGGUCACCCUUGAUUCUCUUAGUCCAAGGAUGCUGCUUCCAUUUGCCAUUUGUUCUAUGGGGAGCUUGCGCACACAAUGCAGGAGUCAAAAUCCGAAGGCUUUUAAAACGAGCAUCGGACAUUGCCAGCUUGCCUCCUGGCUGCCAACAAAGAGAAGCUCUAUUGGCCGAAUUUGUUGAUCAAUUUCACACGAUGGUGAAUGGUAAUGUCGGCUGCUGUGCUGACCCAUCCUGUAGAAUUCCAAUCACUUGCCGUUGCGGGACGGGUCCAAGUCGAUAUUUGUGCCUCCUGUACCUGCUGGUAAAGAGCCUAUAUGUGCUGAACGUUUUCUUACAAUUUCUAAUCUUGACUGCUUUCAUGGGGAGGGGCUAUUUCAAGCAUGGAGCAGAGAUCUUACGCAGAUUGGCCUCUGAUGGUGAUUGGUGGAAUUCCCCUCGCUUUCCCCUGCAGACAUUGUGCCAAGUUCGAGCUGCCAUUCAAGGAGGGCUCCGAACUUACAUCUGCCGCUGCGUGCUACCCAUCAACGUCUUCAACGAGAAGAUCUUCUCUGUGGUAUGGUUCUUCCUCGCUUUCAUCCUGCCCCUCAACACAAUAAGCCUGGCAAUAUGGGUUUGGCGAAUCUUCCCUUGCAAUCGCCUCGCCUUUGUCCGCCUCACUCUCUGGAGAACAAGGCUCUUCAACUUGUCCGAGAUAUCUAGAGCCUCGAAAAAGGUCGAAACCAACUAUCUCGGCUGGGAUGGUGUAUUUGUCCUAAGGUUGAUUGAGCACAACCAUGGUAGCAAUCUCGCUACCGUCAUCCUCGGUAAGUUGUGGGAGUUUUACGCCAAUCAAAUGAAGGCCCAGGAGGAAGGAGCUGUAGAUCUGGAGUUGGGCAGGACGGGAGAAAUGGGCAGCGUGACGUCAGUGGCACCGUCCACGUCAUGGCACUCAUGCCAUGCUGGUGCAUGCCAUCUUGGACAUUUUACGGGCCAGCAGAAGAGGUCCGCUGCACCUCCGCACAAUGGGUACUGGAGUAAAUGUUCAUGAUCCUAGUAGGAUUAAACAAUUAGCUAAUCUAGGUGCUUGAAUAUAUUUCAAAUUGCUAAAUUCACUUUAAAAACAAAACAAGAUAUUUAGAUUGUUCACUUGAGGGUUUCUUCUGUCUAUUUGACAUUUCAUCAUCUGUUCUCACUAAUUCUCAUUCAUUAAGAAAUGAACUUGACUUUUGUCUGCAUCACAAGCCCAAACUGUCAUCUGCCAGUGUGUAAUAAGCCAGCUGCUGACAACAGCCAACUGGAGUGGAUUAUUGACACAGUCUAUUCCAGGCAACUUUCAGUGUUCUACUAAUCAAACAAAAAGGCAAGUU